AUAAAUUCAAGUAAAGUAGGCUACCGUAUAUUUUAGAAUUUAAUUAUAAUAUAAAGUAUUUCAAUAUUUAUAGUUUUGAGAAGAAAAUUAUGUUUGUAGGUAGGCCUAAUGAUCAUAAUUAUCAUUGAAUAAUAAAUUCAAGUAAAGUAGGCUACCGUAUAUUUUAGAAUUUAUAAUAUAAAGUAUUUCAAUAUUUAGAAAAAGCAAUAAGGCUACACAUAGGUAACUUAACAGCUUUUAAAUUUUUUAGAAGUCCUAAGUGUAGACUAAGCUAUAUUCCUAUUCUUUCUCAUUCAGUAUGAAAUUUUCAAACUUGCCUCAUUUUUCAGCUAUACUAUCGCUAUGACAACCCACAAUAGCCACUGCCACUACCCUGCUCCAAGAACACAAGAUAACUUCCGUUUUCAUCCCCAAGCAUUUAGCACUGUUUCCAUGUCUAGCCAUUUUCCCAUUUUGUAUUUGUGUUUCAGAAGGGUAAAACCGCGUUGUUAUUUCAUCUAGUGUUCAAUUUUUUUAAGUAGGCUAUUAGUUUGAAAUUAGACAUAGAAUAGUUUGUAGGUACAGUAGUAUUAGAGUUUAAAGAUAUUCAUAAGUUUAGGAUUUUAGUUUAGGAUAGUCAGUCGAUAAUCAUCACUUUAUUAGGCUACCAUGUCGAAAUCAGUUUUUGCUUCAAAUAAAAUACUGGUCCUGCAACAAAUAAGAGAGAAAAAAGCAGUCCUGUUCGGAAAAUUCUCCGACGAGGUUUGUAAGGCCCAAAAGAUAGAUGCAUGGAAGGAAAUCCACAGUUUGGCAUUAGGCAUGGGAGUUGUGGGGCCUGAUAAGCAAUGGACCUACACAAGAGAUGUUUUAUGGCAAAAUGCCAGAAAAUCUACUAUGAAAAAGGUCGACAAUCAAAAAAAGACCGGGUCGGCAGGAGGGCCAGAAUGGAAAUUAAAUACGCUUGAUAAUAUCGUACUUGAUAUUAUUGGGAGGGACAGCUCAGUGCUCACUGAUUUGGGAGUAGCUGAAACCUGGAGUAUUGAACAGGACCCUCCUGAGCAGGCUGAACACAGCUCAUUUGAAGUUGAAGUGCCAGCUGACAAUGUGGUUGCCCCAGCUGUACCUGAGGCUACAACAACUUCGGCCGCCACCGCCUCCACCUCAUCCGCAUCUUCAACACCCUUCACCGCCACCUCAACACGGGCCCGGGCCUCUUUGGUCGGCCGGAGCAGGCGCAGGCUGACCAGAAUCAGCCCUCUGCAGAGAAGGAGGGGGUAUUCCCCUCAGGAUGUCGAAGAUGCCAAAGAUCGGAGGGUGUUCUUGCAGAACUCUUUGUUAGAACACCAAGUUCAUCAUAAAAAACUUCAAAUUUUAAAAAUUGAAGAGGAAUUAAAGCUUCCACAUAGCAUAUUUACGGACGAGUUGUUGACAGUAGAACAUGAAGUUAUUGAUUCACAAGAAGACUUACAAUAGUCCCUAGUUCUAUUUCUCUUAUUCGUUUUUAUAAUCUAACAAUACAGAUACAUAGUUGAUAA